AUGUCGCGCCUGAUUGUCAAGGGCUUGCCGCCCUACCUGACAGAGGCGCGUCUCCGCGAGCACUUUGCACAGAAAGGCGCCGUUACCGAUGCGAAGCUCAUGAAGCGCCCUGACGGUACCUCGCGACGGUUUGGGUUUGUGGGGUACCGUUCGGACGACGAGGCGCAAGCCGUGUGUGCGUUUUUCGACAAGACGUACAUCGACACUGCGCGUAUCAACGUAUCGAUGGCGAAGCAUAUCAACGACGAAACACUUCAGAAACGGCGCAGUCAGCAAGAAGAGCCUGCGGAGGUGCCACAAAGACGGGAAAAAAAGGGCAAAGGCAUUAGUGCCGGGGCGAAGCAUGCGUCGUUUGACGAAUUUCUUUCUGUCAUGGCGCCGAAACUGAAGCGGAAGUCGUGGCAGAACAAUGAGGAUUUCGAUCAGAUUGCGACGCCUGCACCGACAGAAACAGUGCCUGCGAAGAAAUUAAAGAAAGCUGCAAAGCAUGAGGCGGCGCAGCCGGCGGCGCCGUCCGACGAAGCGGCCAAAGAUGAUACCCUUUCUGAUCUUGAUUACUUGCGACGCAGGAUGCGCCACAGCGUUACCGGCGGGGAAAAGACAAGAGCGUUUGAACAGUCCGACUCGGAAGAGGAAGAGCAAGAAGACGUAGAGUUUGCCGCAGCACAAGCGCGGCGCAAAGCACAGCUGGAGGAGGAGCAGCGCAAGGACGAAGAGAAUGUUGAUACCAUUAUGCAAUCAGGCCGCCUGUUUGUACGCAACCUGCCAUUCUCUGCGACAGAAGAGGAACUCGAGCAUUUUUUUGCGGGAUUUGGCGCGGUGAACCAAGUCCAUAUCUCGCUCGACCCACACUCGAAAGCAUCCAAAGGCCUCGCAUUCGUCACCUUUGACGAUCCAGCGCAUGCCCUCGUUGCCUACCGCGCGCGCGACGGCGCCAUUUUCCAAGGACGUCUCUUGCACGUUUUACCCGCUGUGGACUUGCAGCCAAAGCCACAAAGCAGCGCUACUCUGAAACAGAAGCGGCACGAGGCGCGGCGCACCACGAGUGGCCGGGACUUUAACUGGAGCAUGCUGUACAUGAACAGCGAUGCAGUCGCCACGUCGAUUUCUGACCAGCUCGGCAUCCCCAAGACCGAUAUCCUGACCUCCGACGAGGCCGGCGCCAGUCCCGCCGUGCGCCUUGCGCUUGCCGAGACACGCGUGAUUCAGGACACAAAGCAGUUUUUCGAAGAGAAUGGCAUGCAGCUCGAGCACUUGCAUGACGUGCGUGAACGCAGCGACGAUACGAUCCUUGUCAAGAAUAUCCCCUACGGGACCAGCGGCGAGGAACUCCGCGCGCUCUUUGCCCACUUUGGCGACGUUGGCCGCGUUUUGAUUCCCCCGUCGAAUACCAUCGCCGUGGUAGAAAUGCCCAUCGUCGGGGAGGCGCGCGCAGCAUUUCGCGGGCUUGCGUACAAGCGAUUCAAAGAUUCGGUGCUGUACCUGGAAAAAGCGCCGGCUGCAUUCCUGCCCAAGGCUGGCGCUGGGAAGCACGAGACCAUCUCGGCGGUGCAAGGCAUUCGCGCGCCCGAUUCGAGUCGUACAUUGCUCGACACGCCUGCUACUGCCGAUGCAGGUACGACGUUGUUUGUAAAGAACCUGAGUUUCUCCACUACCAGCGCGCGUCUUGCCGACGCGUUCCGUGGCAUGGACGACUUUGUUUUUGCGCGCGUUCAGACCAAGCCGGAUCCCAAAGUGUUGGGCCGUACGCUGAGUAUGGGCUAUGGAUUUGUCGGCUUCCGCGUGCUGGACAGCGCCAAGCAAGCGCAAAAAGCCAUGAACAAUUAUGUGUUGGACGGGCACACACUUGCGGUCUCCUUUACAAAGCGUGGCCACGACGCCGACGACAGCAAACCGCAACGCGCGCCAAGCGCCAAGAUGCUCGUGAAGAACGUGCCGUUCGAGGCGACAAAGAAGGAUCUCCGCGCGCUUUUCGGUGCCUAUGGCCAGCUCAAGAGCGUGCGUCUUCCCCGGCAAGUGCAUGGUCGCACGCGUGGCUUUGGCUUUGUCGAGUUUGUCUCGCGACGCGAGGCCGAGAAUGCCAUGGCUGCUUUGCGGCAUACCCAUUUACUCGGCCGCCAUCUCGUCCUGGAAUGGUCCGGCGACGACGAUACGGACGGUGUGGAUGCUUUACGCGAAAAGACGCGCAAAGCGUAUGUGACCGAUGCCCACCGCACUGCCGUCACUGGGCAGCGCCAAAAGAUUCGCAUGGGUACACAGCAGAUUGCGGACGCGGUCGCGACAUCGCGUGCCUCGGAGGACGAAGAGGAGAAGGAGUAG